AUGUGUGUAGUCUGAAAAUGAUUCAAUCGGUUAAAAGUUUGACCAGUGUUAUGUAACAUUUUAAAAAUUGAAUCAUUUCAUUGUAGAUUCAAUAGUUUAUUAUAGUCUCACCACACACGUACAAGUAUACACAUCUAAUGUAUGAUAGACAAGUGGUUCGUAACUUACCGAAAUGAGCUUCAGAUCUUUGAAAACGGAUAUUGACCCGCGAAAACUCAUCAGACGAUGGAAAUCUAUGCCCAGACAGCAGAGAACGACGGUUACCGAAUCUGAUGUUACAUAUCGAGAUAGCACAGGAAGAACCCUUCUUUAUUUUGCCGCCAAAAAUGGUGAGACGGAGAGAGUGAAGCAAUUGUUGAAAGCUGGAUGUAACCCGAGGUUAUCCGAUAUUAAUCGGAACACUGCUCUACACAUGGCUGCUGAUGGGGGAUAUAUUGAAAUAAUUCAUAUGCUGGUAGAAUAUGGAUGCAAACUAAAUGCCAGAAAUAUUUUAGGACAGACAGCACUAAUGAAAGCUGUACAGUAUGACGAUCUAGAAACAGUGUCGGUGCUUUAUAAUGCUGGUGCGUAUUUAGACCUCACAGAUUGCACGGGGAAAACUGCACUUCUUCUUGCUCUACAAGACGGAAAUGAAGAAAUAAGCUCGUUCUUAUUACGGAACGGAACUGACGUAAAUGUUGUUGAUUAUAUAGGUCAAAGUGCACUUUAUACCGUUGUAAAUUCAAAUGAAAAACUGCCAUUAAGCCUGUGUAGAAAGGUAGUUGAUGCUGGAUAUAAUUUCGAACACGACAAGGAAUGGAUUACUAGAGACCUUCACCGACAAUUAACCCAGCCACAAGUUGGAUUAGUAACAAGAAUCAAAAGAAGGUUAAGUUUAAAGAGGAACCCCGAAAGGCAACACGAGGACAGUAUUACAACUGUUUCGAAUGAUAAAAAGGAAUUAUCGAAUGACAAAAUGGAAUUAUUGAAUGAUAAAAGGGAAGUAUCAAAUGAUAUUGAGGAAGUAUCUAAUAAUGUUCAGGAAGUAUCAAAUGAUAAAAAGGGAGUAAAAGCAACAUCGUUGUAAAUCUAAAUGACAUUUGAUAUUAGUUUAAACAACCUUUGUUUUUAUUAGGGUUUUUUUCUUUCUUUCCGUCAAGUUGUUUUGUUUUCUUUAAUCUUUGGUAUGUUUUUAAUCUUCUUUUUUUAUUACUCUUAACUGAUGAAAGGAGUAGGUCCGGUAAGGACUCAUUUUGGCCUCAAAUUUCAGUUUCAUCUGACGAAAGAUUUUGAUCACUUUUUAAACACUUAAGUGUCUUUUUUACUUGAUUCAAUUAGUUUUUGUGAAAGAUUUCAACUAAUUU